AUGUCUUCCGCCACUACACCGAAGACGCGGUUGGCGUCGAAGGUCUCUUUCGCGUCCUUGACACCGAAUAACCUGGGCACUGUACGAAAGCUUAACUCGGUUCUCUUUCCCAUCAAGUACAGCGAUAAACUCUAUCGAGACAUCCUGGCCCCUGAGUUGGAAGAUUACUGCAAACUUAUCUACUAUAAUGACGUACCCGUCGGUAUCAUCUGCAGUAGAUUGGAGCCUCAACCUGGGGGGACAGCCAAAUUGUAUCUCAUGACGAUGGGUGUUUUGGCUCCAUAUCGCUCACUAGGUCUUGGAUCGCAAGGCCUCGAAGCUAUUCUGUCUGCGGCUGCUGUUAGCACAAAGCCGAAGAUCAGCCAUGUCUAUCUCCAUGUUCAGGUCUCUAACACCGCAGCCAAGCGAUUCUACGAAAAACAUGGCUUCACGGAGGUCCGAGUUCAUGAGCAUUACUAUAAGAAGAUCGAACCACACGAUGCGUGGAUUCUCGAAAAGGCUAUCGUAUCCCUUUCAUAAAGUGGACACUUGGCGAAUGCCGGCAAGCGGCUUAUAGUGGUUAUUGGAAAGGCAUUGUCCAGAAUUCACUCGCUGGCUGGUACAAGGUACGGGGUUGACUCAGGCUGUUGAUCUUCCCGUUUCCAAUCAUCUAGUAUAUUACUGGCGCUUUCUACUAUGCUAGGGAUACAGAUAUUAGGUUCUUCGUUUAUGUACCAUCAUUUGCGAGAUCACGUCCAAGAAAGCCAACGACAGCAGGGACAAAGCUCGACUACGCACGAAAUAUGUUAGAAUGUUUCAAUACCGG